GGGUGCGCACACCAAUACGUACCCUAAAAGUGCUCAGCUCUCCAGCGACCUGCACAGCUUCACGACCUCAAUAAUCGAUUAGAAGCUUAUCAGCCCUAUAAAGCUUCAUUGUGCACUGAAUACACGUCAUGAAGCUUGACUCUUCCUCUCAGUCGCUUCCCAAGCGCUCUGAGCUGCCCAAAAUAGACGGGGCUCCUGAUGGAGCGGCUUGGUUCUGGGGUCAAGAUGAUGAGCUUGGACGUCUUAAUAUGCUCACGACAGGGCGCACUGCAUCCGCGGCGAAGUUGAUAAAGACCGGCGAGAUUGUAAACCUCAACUGGCCUGCAGAGUUUCCAAACCCUCCAGCCUUUGGCAGACAGGGGUUCAAGCAUACUAUCCAGCCGAUCGGUCCAUCUGGCUUUGACGAUUUGUACGACAUGAACACGCAAAGUGGAUCACAGUGGGAUGGGUUUCGCCAUGUCGGAUUACCGCAUAAUGGUAAAAUCAUCUUUUAUAACGGACUUGUCGCAGACGAUAUCUACAAGGCGGAAAGUGGUGGAAUGCAGGCAUGGGCUGACCAUGGCAUAGCCGGCCGUGGCGUGCUUAUCGACUACUGGGACUAUGCUGGUAAAAGCUACGAUCCGAUCACCACACACCGUAUUACACUAAGUGAUAUUCACGCCAUCGCGAAAAAGCACGGCAUCGAGUUCCAGUAUGGUGAUAUCCUCAUCAUCCGUUCAGGGUUCACCGAAAACUAUGUUAGUCUGGAUGAGAAGCAACGCGCACACUUGGGCACUCUCAAAAUCCCGGAACACGCAUUCGUCGGGGUUGAGCAAACUGAAGACAUGCUUGACUUCCUGCACGACAAUUACUUCAGCGCUGUGGUGGGAGAUGCACCGGCUUUCGAAGCUUGGCCACGGCAAUCGAUCAACCUCCAUCAAUAUCUACUGACACGCUGGGGCGUGCCCAUUGGCGAGAUGUGGGAUCUGGACCAGUUGGCUGAGACGUGCAAACGCAAGAAUCAAUAUGCUUUCUUUGUGGCGAGCGUCCCCACCAAUGUGCGCGGAGGUGUAGGAAGCCAUCCCAACGCUAUCGCCAUAUUUUAGGUUGAUGAUGGAAGUUUGGUUCUUGGGUCUUCCUUAUCAUCGAGGUAUGACACCGCAGCCGUCACAUGUCGGUUUGCUCAAGAAGGGUGAGAGAUCAAAUGCUUUUCACCAGUGAAAAACCGCUGUGUUUUCAUAC